AUGGCUUCCCCAAAGAAAUUUACCGGUGUUUCUUCUUUGGCUCCUCCACCUAUGAAAUUUUUUGCAACAUGGGAAGUCGAUCGUGCUCAACCCAAUUGUGUUCCAAGGCUGUGCGUUUUACGAAUAACUCGAUUGGAAAUUACUCAAGACAUAGGAUCAACGGAUGGACAAACAGUCUUUAUUGGAUUAUCCUUUAAAGUAUACAGAUACGAUAAAUUAAUGCCUUUUAAAAACAAGCACACAUUACGGUCUGGAGAAAUACCCUUGAAAUCAAGCAACAAAGGGACCGAUAUCGAUCUAAGUAUUACCUUUACAGUUCAGUAUCCGCAUUACUUAAAAGAGCCCGGCUGUCAUAUGAAAGUUAUACUGCAGCGGCGAAAAAGAUACAAAAGGAAAGCUAUUUUAGGGUUUAAAACUCUAGCAUUCGGUUCAAUCAAUAUGAAUGAGGUUCUACAAAGUCCAGUUAAAGACAAAGUCGUUUUACAAUUAUACUGCAAGGAUUCUAAUUCUCAUGUCGCUCAAAUUGUAAUGUCUUCUGUCAUAAGUCAACCAGUAGAGGUGGAUUUGGAGGAUGACCAUAACCGAGCCCUACAAAUGCCAGGUGCUAUGAGUUCUGACGAAGACAUAGAUUCUUCUGAUCAAGACGAUGAAGUUUAUGAUGAACACACUGGUCAAAAGUCUAAAAGUCGCUCUCAGAGAAAAUUUUCAUCUAAGAAUGCAUUCCGUCAAAAGUUUCAAGAAUUUUUACGAAAAUUUAAGGUUAAUGAUGAGACUUUAGAAGAUACAGGCAUCGCGCCUCGGAAUGCUGAAGCCUACUUUCCUGACGAUUCAAUUUCAGAAAAUGAUGAUUCGGCUGACUUUCAAUCCACAGACAGUGCCAGCGAUGACGAAAAUCCUUAUACUCCGAAGCCUGCUUUAAGACCUUUCUAUCUAUCAGCUGAUGUAACAAAUCGUGAAGAUGUCGAUCCUACCAGUUCUCCAAAGGCAAAUAAUCCAAGUGGGGCUCAAACAAUUGAAAAUCGUCACGCAAGCGCACAAAUGCCUGUGUCUGAUUCUGAUAACUCGAAUAAUAUGUCAACUAUCGUAAGGGAAAUAUCCGCAUCUGGCUCACUUACACGUAGCUGGUCGAUUUCUUCACUAGAUGAUUCGAAAGGCAGUAACGAAAGAAAUUCAAUUUAUAGAACUUCAAGCGUUGGCCUAGAUAAUAAGAUAAAGAGGGACAAAUCUCCAUCGGCCUCGCCUUCUAGUUCAGGAGUCAUUGAAGUUACACCUCCGGCUUCAUUUACUGAACAGUUAAUCAGCGUUGUAAAAAAUACAGACCAGUAUCCAGAAAGUAUCAUACUGAUAGAUGCUUCUAGCGAUUAUGGAUUGUUAAUAGGUCAGUCUAUGCCUUCAAAGCGCAAUUGUUCGAUCAAUGUUAAUGGAGCCGCAGACGUUAGAACUGUAAUGAUUGCAAUCAUUUCCAAAAUUCAGAAAUUUUGCAAUCAUCAUUCCGUAAAUCCACCAUUAAUGAAAGUGACCUUAAUUGGUGGACAAGAACUAAUGGGCAUGACUGUCAAAGCUUAUGUAGAUGAGUUCUCAACUAAGCCUCCAGAAUGGCAAAACUUUAUUACGUUUCUCUUAGUACCUACUGGUCCAAAUCCGAUAUGUGAUUAUCUCGGUAAAAUCGAUCAAAAUUAUAGCAAGUCAUUCCUUGACACGAAAUGGAAAGAAAUAAUACUCGAUUCCGAUGGCAAAUCUGAUAAAGCAUCAAACAUUGAUCAUCGUGUUUCAAGAUAUAUAUCACGCGUUAAGGAAAGUAAACAAUUUCCUAUCGCUGAAGCGCUGAUAUCUUGCAAGCAAGAUAGCAUAAGUAGUAAAGAAUCCACUUCGGAAGUUUUUGUACCAUUUAUAGCAACGGUUGGAAUUGGUAUCCAAGAUACUGGUACAAUUUCAGGGAUUAGUGAUCCUAGCGGUAAUUAUAACGAUGAUAAAUCACUAUCAGUCAACAAAGACCUUUCUGUAAAAGAAUUAAUCUCUCAAAGUCCCAGCGGAGCUGGCGAACACCUCGAUCUUCAGGUUGAUUAUUGGAUUACGGGAGGAAAGAAAGAAUCUGCAAAGUCGAGUAUAAAAGGUGGCUUUAAAAGUUUAAUGAUUCGAAGGCUUUCUAACGAAAAUGCACCUAAUACCCUUGCUAUGGAAGCCGUUACAAAGGAGAAGAAAAAGGCCGUUAUAGUUAGGCUUAAAAAAGUAAAAGAAAGUGGAAUACCAAUCAAUGCUAUGGUCAGCAAGUUGAUUUGCACGACAAAAUCGCAAUCUAAUAAGUUGACAGCGAUCGUUGAUGGAGUGGAGUGGAGUAGUGUGAAAUUUAUAUCGUUCUCAACAACUUGGAGAAGUCAUACUAAAUACUUUCCUGUCGGUGUCUUUGAUAAACUGGAAGCUACCGAAACAGUAUGUUGA